AUGUCUUAAAAAGAUAAAAAAAGUGUUAAGAGUGAUAAGUCUAAAGAAAAAAAGAAGAAAUCUACUAAAUUAGACAAGAAAGAUUCAAAGAUAUUACCACCACCUACUGAUAAUGAUUAAUAACAACUUAUUGCAAAAAUAAUUAGUAGAAUUGGAGAUAAGGAAAGCAAGAGUUUGGGUAUAAAAAAUUAUUAGAUUAGCAAAUUGUGAUGAUGAUGAUGAUUAUCCAUAAAUACAAAAAUACAAUAAUAAUAACAAUUAUUAAACCAAUGAUUUUGUAAUUCAGAAUAAUCGAUGUGAAAAUUAUCCUACUGUUAAUAAAAAUAAUAAUUAAUUGAGAACCAAUAAAUUUAUGAUUGAUUAAACAAUUUAUUAAUAAUAAUAAUAAUAGGAUCAUUAUAAUUAAAAGAAUUAAUAAUAAUAUUAAGAUCAAUAUUAUUCAUUAAAUUAGACAUAAACCUAAUAUUAAAAUUAAUAAUUUACUCAAUAAGCUACAUUUGAUUAUAGAUAUGAAAGAAUCAAAGAUUAAGUUAGUUAGAGUUUGAUACCUAAAAGAUAAGAAAUUCUAGAAUAAGUCUAAAAGGUUAUUGCUAUUAAUGAUAAAUUAGAUAGAUAACAGAAUUGAUGAAAUCAAAUAUCAAUCCUAAAAAAUAGAGAAUAUUACUAGAGAAGAAUGUGAGAUUAUUAUAGAUAAAUUAAAAAGUGUUGAAACUUAAAAAUUAUAAAUGUUAUAUCAUGAUAAAAAUGAAUUACUUAGGUUAAAUAAAUUAUUUAUUUUUUUAGAGAUAUUGAUUAAAUUGAAAUUUUCUAAUAAAGAAUUUCAUAUUUGUAAGAUUUCAAUUCUCAAAAAAAUUUACAUAUAUUUGAAAAUAUAGAAAGAUUAAGUAAAAAGAGAAUUAAAAAAUAAAUUGAUAUAUAUCCAGAUGAUUUACCUUAAGAUUUAAUUUAAUUAAAAUAAUUAUAAUUGUAAAAUUAGGUGCUUCAAAAAUUGAUGGAUUUAAAAAAUGAAAUCAUUUGGAAAUUAUUUAGUGAUUCAUAAAUAGAAAAUAAGAAGAUUAAAGAGGAAUUAGAAAAAUAAGCUAAUUAAGAAUUUCAAGAAUGGUACAACAUUGUAGAUUAAUAUUAAUAAGAAUUAAAUAGAUAUAAAUUAUAAUGUACAUUUUGUGGAAUCAACUUUGAUUAUUAAUUGAUUAAUACUGAUUGCAAUUCAAAUUAAUAGGAUGCUAGUAAUAUAUAUUUGAUUAAAUAAAAGUAAUCUAAUUCGAUUGUGAAUAAAUACCUCCUGAACAAUUCUUUGGUACUCAAAGACACUUCUUUUGUAAAAGUAUAUAAAAUUAACAAUCUUAAAUUUAAAUAGAAAACAAUAAAGUAUGA